GAUGAGCUGAGCCUGCUGGUCAUCGUCAUCGACACCAACCCUAUCUGGUGGGGAAAGAAGGCGCUAGGAGAAGCUGAGUUCACCCUGUCAAAAUGCAUUGAUGCAGCGAUGGUACUGGGAAAUUCGCACUUAUUUAUGAAUCGCACCAACAGACUUGCUGUAAUAGCAAGCCACACGCAGGAAAGCCGUUUCUUGUACCCUGGGAAGCGUUGGGCUUUUGCAGAUCUCUUUGGAGAUGGUGGUAGUUCCAUGGAAUCUAAUUGCUCUGGCAGCAAGGAUGGAAAAUAUGAAUUGUUAACAGCAAUAAAUGAUGCAAUUGCAGAAGAGAUUAAAGACCUCAUGACAAAAACUGACAUGAGGGGACAGCAAACAGAAACUCUGUUAGCAGGAUCACUUGCUAAAGCACUUUGUUAUAUCAACAAGAUGAGCAAAGAGGUAAAAGCCAAUCAAGAAAUGAAAUCAAGGAUUUUGGUCAUAAAAGCAGCAGAAGACAGUGCAUUGCAAUAUAUGAAUUUCAUGAAUGUGAUCUUUGCAGCACAGAAACAGAGUAUUUUGAUUGAUGCCUGUGUCUUGGACUCUGAUUCAGGUCUUCUACAACAGGCUUGUGACAUUACGGGUGGCAUAUAUUUGAAAGUGCCCCACAUGCCAUCCCUUCUGCAGUAUUUGUUGUGGGUAUUUCUCCCUGAUCAAGAGCAAAGAUCACAGCUUGUCCUUCCACCUCCUGUUCAUGUUGACUACAGAGCUGCAUGCUUCUGUCAUCGAAAUCUUAUUGAAAUUGGUUACGUGUGCUCUGUGUGCUUGUCAAUAUUCUGCAACUUCAGUCCUAUUUGUAGUACAUGCGAGACUGCUUUCAAAAUAUCAUUGCCACCUGUCAUGAAAGCUAAGAAGAAGAAAUUAAAGUUAGCUGUGUAA